GGUGGGUGAGCCGAUCUGCUGCCGCAUCAUGCUGGUUCUCCGCAGGCUGGUGCUACUUUCUGUCAGAGUCCCGGAGGGAGAGGAUGCCAGCCGCUCCGGAGCAGCCAGGGCAGCAGCGGCAACAGCAGGAUGGUGGUGACAAGCUGUGCCAGCAUCGGAGACGGUGGCAGAAGGGAUCAGGCUCCCUCGCGCCAGCGCCCCCGGGGCUGCUGCCUGGCGCCGGCGGGGGCUGCGCUGCUACUGACCGGCGUCUGCUGUCUGUGUUAUGGAAACUCCCUGCCCGGCGAGUUUGUGCACGACGACGUGUGGGCAAUUGUAAACAACCCCGACGUACGGGCAGUUGCCCCCCUGAGCUGGGGCAUCUUCGCCAACGAUUUCUGGGGCAAGAGCAUGGCCGAAAAUACCAGUCACAAAUCCUACCGCCCUCUCUGCGUCCUCACCUUCAAGUUAAAUGCAUAUUUGGCUGGCAUGAACCCCUUUUAUUUCCAUGCAGUAAAUAUAAUUUUACACUGCUUGGUGACUCUGGUACUAAUGUACACAUGUGACAAAGUUGUCUUCAAGGACCAUCGGCUUGCUUUUGUUACAGCUUUGAUUUUUGCUGUGCAUCCCAUUCACACAGAGGCGGUGACUGGCAUCGUGGGCAGGGCAGAUGUAUUAGCUUGUUUGCUAUUUCUGUUGGCCUUUCUCUCCUAUAAUAGGAGCAACCAAGAAGCAGAACAAUGGAUUUCUCAAAAGCCAGUAGCCUCUGACCUUGCUUUGCUACCCUCCUCCCAGAAGGACAAUGCAAAGCAACAUUUUGCUCCCAAAGGGACUCAGAACUCUUGCCCCUCCCUAUUGCCCACUGAGCAGAAGAAUGGAAGAUUCAUUGGGACCAGGCCAGCGGUGUGGACUGUUCUGAGGUACCUGACUGCAAACAGCAAUCAAAAUUUUCUGGGUGUCACAAGACCAUUUUUAAAAAGAGCUGCUUUGGUCAUAUGCUACGUGGUUGUGACUUUAUAUUUCCGUAUGUGGAUAAUGGGAGGAUCCAUGCCAUUGUUCUCAGAGCAGGAUAAUCCAGCUUCAUUUUCACCCUAUAUUCUAACAAGAUUCCUUACAUAUUCCUACCUUUUGGCUUUCAACACCUGGUUACUGCUGGCACCAAUUACCCUAUGCUAUGACUGGCAGGUUGGAAGUAUUCCUUUGAUCGAGACUGUAUGGGAUGUACGGAAUUUAGCCACUCUUCUCCUGGUUGUGGUGAUGCUGUUUCUGAUUUUGCAUUGCUUAACAGCAUUUGAGAACCUGGAAAAUAAUGAAGUUCUAGUUGGUUUGCUUUUUCUGGUUUUUCCAUUCCUUCCAGCCAGCAAUCUCUUCUUCAGUGUGGGCUUUGUGGUGGCAGAAAGAGUCCUGUAUAUGCCUAGCAUGGGAUACUGCAUUCUUUUUGUCCAUGGAUUAAAUAAGCUCUGUACAUGGUUAAAUCGAUGUGGUGCUGCUACCUUGAUGAUGUCUACUUUGUUGCUUCUGCUACUUUUCUCUUGCAAAACUGUGAAGCAAAAUGAAAUUUGGCUGUCAAGAGAAUCUCUCUUCAGGUCUGGAGUUGAAACUUUGCCCCAUAAUGCUAAAGUGCACUACAAUUACGCGAACUUCUUGAAAGACCAAGGUCGGAACGGAGAAGCCAUCUACCACUACAAAACUGCCCUCAAGUUGUAUCCCCAUCAUGCAAGUGCCCUGAACAACCUUGGAACACUGACCAAAGAUACAACAGAAGCAAAGGAGUACUAUCAAAGGGCCCUACAGCUAAAUCCACAGCAUAACCGAGCUCUUUUCAAUCUUGGAAACUUACUCAAGUCCCAAGGGAAGAAAGAAGAAGCUAUUAUCUUUUUAAGAGAUUCCAUCAAAUUUGGUCCAGAGUUUGCAGAUGCUUAUUCAAGCUUAGCUUCACUGUUGGCUGAACAGGAAUUAUUUGAGGAAGCUGAGGAAGUUUAUCAGUCUGGAAUUAAGAACUGUCCAGAGAGUUCUGACUUACACAACAACUAUGGAGUUUUUUUAGUUGAUACUGGGGCUCCAGAGAGUGCAAUGUAUCACUACCAACAAGCCAUCCACCUUAGCCCACGUCAUCAUGUGGCCAUGGUUAAUCUUGGUAGACUCUACAGGUCUUUGGGAGAGAACAAAGAAGCUGAAGAAUGGUACAAACGAGCUCUGGAUAUAACACAAACUGCUGAAAUACUUUCCCCACUGGGAGCACUAUAUUACAACACUGGCAGGUAUGAAGAGGCAUUACAGAUUUACCGUGAAGCUGCAACACUCCAGCCUUCAGCUAAGGAAAUCCAGCUGGCCCUGGCUCAGGUUUUAGCAAUGAUGGGGCAGACAGAAGAAGCUGAAACAAUGACCAACCACAUUGUAUCGGAAGAGGCUGGAUGCCUGGAAUGUUAUCGCCUGUUAUCAGCAAUCUACAGUAAACAGGAACAUUACCCCAAGGCACUAGAAGCUAUUGAAAAAGCUCUCCAGCUAAAGCCAAAGGAUCCUAAAGUCAUAUCAGAGCUUUUCUUCACGAAAGGAAACCAACUAAGAGAACAGAAUUUUCUUGAUAAAGCAUUUGAGAGCUAUCAAGUAGCUGUGCAACUGAACCCUGAACAAGCACAAGCCUGGAUGAAUAUGGGUGGAAUUGAACACAUUAAGGGACACUAUGUUUCUGCAAGAAGUUAUUAUGAAAAAGCCUUACAGCUGGUUCCAAAUAGCAAGUUGCUGAAGGAAAAUCUGGCCAAAUUGGAUCGGUUAGAAAAGCGAUUACAGGAAGUUUCAAGGAAAAGAUCAGACACAGUAGCACUUUGACUAAGACUCUUGGGAUAAUUUGAACUUCCUGGGAGAAAGGAAACUAUGGGAGGCUUCAUUUUCACACCAGUCGAGACAAGACUUUGGUUAAGCUCAGCAUUCGGGAUGGUGUAUAUGGAGACAUCCAUUGCUAACACCAGUGCAAUUAAAUUUGCAUUUCCAUAGGUCAUAAAGAAUGAUCAAGAGAUUCCUAGCUGAAGAACUCUGGGCAAGUCACUUAACCCCCACUGCCUAGCCCUUAUUACUCGUCUACCUUCUAAGAUGUAAAGUAAG